CUCGAACCAUUUAAGAUAAUUCGCGGUCGAGAGUAAGCCUGCAUCCUUUUGACAAACACCAAAACCCCUGAACUCCGCAGCGAGAUGUGUUCUGAUGGAGAGCGCGCGGCUAUGGGCAGCUCGGGAAACGGCAAGCUGCGACAGUGGCUCAUCGAGCAGGUGGACACCGGGAAAUACCCGGGGCUCGUGUGGGAGAACGAAGAUAAAAGUGUGUUCCGCAUCCCGUGGAAGCACGCGGGUAAACAGGACUACAACCGGGACGAGGACGCAGCACUCUUCAAGGCUUGGGCGCUGUUUAAAGGCAAAUACCGGGAGGGCAUCGACAAACCAGACCCACCCACGUGGAAAACGCGCCUCCGGUGCGCGCUCAACAAGAGCAACGACUUUGAAGAGCUCCUGGAUCGGAGUCAGCUCGACAUUUCGGACCCUUAUAAAGUUUACCGCAUCGUUCCUGAGGGCGCCAAAAAAGCCUCCAGAUCUCCAGAGGAUACUUCGAACCCAAGCCCUCCAAGUUAUCCACUACAUCCUUCCUAUGCACCCCUCCAGAGUCAGGUCUGCAGUUUUGUUUCUCCAGCAGAAAGAAGUUGGAGGGAUUAUCUCUCAGAAAAGCCCCCUAUGGCUGAACUCUCUUACAAUCAAAAUCCAUUCACCACUCGUUGGGAUACAGGAUACCAGUUUAGUGGCUCCUUCUACAGCUGCAGCGCCUCAGAGUCUUUGCCAUCUGCCUUUACGUUAGAUGCUAGUAUGAAGUCAGCAGAGGCCAUGGCUCUCUCAGAUUACCGGCUCCAUGUGGCAGUAUAUUACCAAGAAGCCCUUGUGCGCGAGGUGACUGUGAGCAGUCUAGAAGGCUGUGUUUUGGGUGUGAGCAAAGAUGGUUUGCCAUACGGAGCCUCUCAAGGUCCAGAGCUUGUGGAACUUCCACAGAUUGAACACUGCUCUCUGGAACAUGGGGUUCUGCUGUGGAUGGCACCAGAUGGGCUGUACGCACGCCGAUGCUGCCCCUGCAGGGUGUACUGGGAAGGAGGGCACACUCUGCUCAACAGCAAACUUAACAAACUACAAAGAGAUCAGACCUGCAAACUGCUGGACACUCAGCAAUUCAUCACAGAAUUACAAAGCUACGCUCGGCACAUACGUCCUCCACCCAUGUCCCAAGUGCUCCUGUUUUUUGAAGCUGACAGCACGGAGCUACAGAUACCACGAAGGACCCUCACUGUCCAGGUAGAACCUCUGUUUGCUCGCCAGCUUCUCUACUUCACCCACCAAAGCAGCAUGAACUACAUUCGCAGCCACAACCUUUCACCCCUGAGCCCAGAGCAAACGAUUCCUUCCAGUCAGAUUCCACAGAGUCAUCAGCCAUCACCAUAGCAACAGUCUGUAAAAUUAAGCUUCACCUUGGAAAAAGGUGUCAUGUCAAACUGAAGCACGGACAAAAAGUGGAUGCAACAAAUGCACUGAGUAUCUGGAUAUCAACAUUACCAAAUACUUUCUCUGAACACACAUAAGCAGUUGGACUUGUGUCUGCAGAAUGGACAAAAAAACAAAAAAACAAAAAACAGUGCACUGAGCAUAAAUCUAAUUAGCCCUUGGUAUACUUUUUUUUCUUGUAGGUUUAGAGUUCUUUAAUAUCUCAGGGAACUGUAAUAAAACAGUAUU